CCUCUCUUUCUACCAAACUAGCGAAAAAACUAUAAAACAAAGGUUCCCCAAAAACUCAAAAUUCAUUAGCUCAUAACACACUUCAGCUUCAAGAAAGCGAAGCAAUGGAGGUCGCGUCAUGGUUUCUCGGCUUCCUCGGCAGGUACCCGGAGCUCAUGGUCUCCCUUGCUUGCUUUCUCCUGCUAUUCCACAGGCUGAACAGGCGCGACGGGCUGCCGACGAACUGGCCGGUGAUCGGCGCGCUCCCGGCGAUCACCAUCAACGCCGGGCGCGUGCAUGAGUGGGUCACGGAGUUCCUGUGCGCGGCGGGGCUUUCGUACGUCAUCGAGGGCCCGUGGGGCUCGCCGGUCGACGUGGUCGUCACAGCGGACCCGGCGAACGUGGCGCACGUGUUCACGACCAACUUCGCCAACUACCCCAAGGGCAAGGAGUUCACCGCCCUGUUCGACGUGCUCGGCGGCGGCAUCUUCAACGCCGACGGCGAGUGGUGGGCGUUCCAGCGGCGCAAAGCGCACGCGCUGCUGUCGGACGCGCGGUUCCGCGCCGCCGUCGCCGCGAGCACGGCGCGCAAGCUCCGGGAGGGGCUCGUCCCCCUCCUCGACGGCCUCGCCGCGUCGGGCGCGACCGUGGACAUGCAGGACGUGUUCGUGCGCCUGACCUUCGACCUGACGGCGAUGUUCGUGUUCGGCGUCGACCCCGGCUGCCUCGCCCCCGGCUUCCCGUUCGUCCCGUUCGCCGCCGCCAUGGACACCAUCGAGGAGGUCCUGUUCUACCGGCACGUGACGCCCGUGCCCUGGCUGAGGCUCCAGAAGUACCUCAAGAUCGGGCACAACAAGAGGAUGGGGAAGGCUCGGCGGGUGCUCGACGCGUCCAUCGCCGAGCUCAUCUCGCUCCGGCGAGAGCGCGCCGGCGCGGACGACGCCGACCUGCUCACGUCCUACCUGGCGUGCCAGGACGAGGUCGGCAAGUCGGGCGCCGAGUUCGACCGGUUCUUGCGCGACACGACGUUCAACCUCAUGGUCGCUGGCCGGGACACGACGAGCUCGGCCCUGACAUGGUUCUUCUGGCUGCUCACCAAACAUCCGGACGUCGAGGCGAAGAUCCUCGACGAGCUUCGCGCGCACCCGCCGUCGUCCGGCGCCGACCACCACACCGCCGCCGAGCUUAAGCGCCUGGUGUACCUGCACGCGGCGCUGUCGGAGUCGCUCCGGCUGUACCCGCCGGUGCCGUUCGAGCACAAGGCGGCGGCGCGGCCGGACACGCUGCCGAGCGGCACGCCCGUGGGGCCAUCCCGGCGGGUGAUCGUGUCGUUCUACGCGAUGGGCCGCAUGGAGGCGGUGUGGGGCAAGGACUGUCUGGAGUUCCGGCCGGAGCGGUGGCUGACGGCGGCGGGGCGGCUCCGGCACGAGCCGUCGUACAAGUUCGUGGCGUUCAACGUGGGGCCCCGGACGUGCCUCGGCAGGGACCUGGCGUACGCGCAGAUGAAGGCGGUGGUCGCCGCCGUGCUGCCGCGGUUCCGGGUGGAGGUUGACGCCGGCGCCGUGGUGCGGCCCAAGCUCUCCAUCAUACUCCACAUGAAGGACGGGCUCAAGGUGAGGGUGCACAAGAGAGAAGAGAUCGCUUAGCUUAGCUUAGCUACGUGUUAAUUACUACAUUAAUUAAUGUUGCUACGAAUAAUGUGUUGAUGCUUCAGCUGUUAGAAAGCAUGUAUACGAGGAUUGAGGGAGUGUGUGUAAUGCACAUUUGCACUGCAGAUGUGCUGCGUUGCACGUGCCUUUGAAGAUGUCUUUAAUUUGCACACCAUGCAUAUUACACUGCGCUAAAAAUAUACUCUCUUUAUUACA